CGCCUUGAGCAGGUCUUCCGGAUCCCUCUCUACUGCCCAGUCGCGUCGGAAUCUUUUUUCCUUCGCGUUCAUCGUCCCUUUCCCUCCCCGCAUCGCUCCAGACAUGUCGCUCACCGCCCUCGACCGCCAAAUCCGCCCCAUCUAUGAUGCGCUCGACACCGGCUCGAACAAGUCCGCGAUCGUGACGUGCAACAAGCUGCUCAAGAAGCAGCCGAAAAACACGCUCGUGAAGGCGCUCAAGUCGCUCGCACUGGUGCGGUCGCAGAAGGUUGAAGAGUCGCUCGCGCUGUGCGAUGAGGUGCUCGCUACGAAGCCGACGGACGAUGCUAUCCUCACCGCCAUGAUGCAUGUUUUGCGCGGCCUCGGACGCAACAACGACAUGGUUGCUAUGUUCGAAGACGCGUUCAAGCAGCAGCCUAACAACGAGGAGCUCGGCUGCCAGACGGUCUUCGCUAACAUCCGUGCACUCCGAUGGAAGACGGCCCAGCAGCUCUCGCAAAAGCUGUUCCGAACCUUUAGCGACGAGCGCUACCUCUACUGGAGCGUCAUGUGCAGCGUUUUGCAGGCUCACGACCCCACCACACCCGAGAACAUGAAGCCGAUCCUCUUCAAGCUCGCUGCGAAGCUGCUUGAGCAGUCACCCAACCCCUCCUUUGUCAGCGCCGACCGCUUCCACCUGCAUAUCUCCGUGCUCAAGGAGACUGCGGAUUGGGAGGCUGCGAACAAGCUCCUCGACACCGACAUCGGGCGCGUCAUCUGCGAUACGAACCUCUCAUGCAAUGAGCUGCGGCGCGAGAUCAUACGCGCGCAGGGUAAGCUUCGCGAGGAGGGCGCGACCGCGGAGGUCCGCAUCGGUGAGAAGGGCGACCGCAACUGGUUUGAGUUCGUCUCCUUGCUGGACGGCACUUUCGCCGAGCCAGAAUCAGAAGAUGCGCAGGAACGCGUGACGAAGACGCGCACAUUCCUGGAGAGCAUUAAGGAGAAGGACGGCAAGGCUGACCGUUCCGCACAUUUGGCUGCCCUCGAGCUCGAGAAGCGCGCCAGGGAACAUAAGCUCGGCAACGAGUCCCUUGUGCCGCAGCUGAAGGCCUAUUUCGAGGCCUUUGGCACGAAGGCCGUUUGCUAUGAGGACCUUAAGCCCUACGUCACCGUCCUUACCCCCGAAGAGGCCACCGAGUGGCAGGCCUUCCUCCAGCCUAUCACCGAAUCUUUCACGAACGGCAACGAACUGCAACGAACUAUCAACGCCCACAAACUCCUCCGCCACACCUCUAACCCCACCGUCGAUUCCGAGCUCGCGAGCGUGCAGACCUUCACCAAACAAUAUCGCGAGGGCCUGCAAUUCGGUGACCACCUUCCAACGACAGAGCUGCAGCCCGCAGACGACCUUGCUAUCCUCGCCGGCCAGACCUUCGUCAGCUUGUGGACGAUGACGGGCGAGCAGAAGCACCUGUACAGCGCGGCGGCCUUCCUGGAGUACGCCCUGACGAAGAGCAACCAGGCGUUUGAGAUGCGCUUGAUGCUCGUGCGGAUAUAUCGGUUGAUAGCGGCCCCGGCGCUGGCGUUGGAGCAAUACCGUGCGAUGGGCGCGAAGAACGUCCAGCAGGAUACGUUGUCGCACUUCAUCCUGUCGAGAGCAUCACUGUUCUCAUUGGCACCGGUCGGCGACGUCACAAUGAUGGCUGAGUGCAUGGAGUCCAUGCAGAUCUAUCUCAGCAACGCGAACGAGACCAGCGAAUUCAUUACCCGCGCCUUCAAUGCCGAGAAGUACUCGCAGAUCCCCGAGUUCAUCGCCUUCGAGGAGCGCCUGGAGACGUCCGUGCAGAAGGACCUCGUCAAGAUGGAGCACUUGCGCAUGCGCCUCACACAUGAGACCAUCUCGAACGACGUGACCGACAUGGAGCUCAUCGAGCUCCAGUUCGGCUCGGAGAAGCCGCCGCACGACAACCGCGACUACGACAUCCUUGUCAACUACCAGCCCGCCAGCUCGAAGUCGUUCCUGGAGCAGACGACGCUGUUUGGGAAGGUGGAGUCGUGCGGCUGGUUGAACAUCUUCCUGAAGAUGUACAUCCGUGCGUUGCAGAUGGCGAGUGAUCUGGAUGAGACGGUGGAGGACAAGUUGCUUGUCGGUGAUCGGCCAAAGGUUGCGACUGACGCCGAGGGCCGUAAAGCCAAUCGCGAGAAGCUCUUGGAACGGACAGACGAGGAGCUUGCAGAGCUCACCGAUGAUGAGCGCGCACUCGUCGACUUCGUGAAGGAGCUUUCGGACUGGGCAGAGCCGCACCAUGACUACACUCGGCCACCACCAGCAGUCGUUCUCGCGGAGGCUGCGAAGGUGUCUGAGCAGCGGACCGGGCACCCGUUGCGUGGGAUCGAGAUCCCGCCACUACCGGCGAACGGGUCUGCGAACGGCAACUGGAAGAAGGACGAGGAGCAACCACCUGUGAAGGACGCCCCCGAACUUGUGCUGAACUUCUUCGAUGGUCAACGGAAACGUUUCGAGGAGGCCAUCAAGCAGCAGUCGCCACUGGAGGCUAUUGCUGUGGCGAACUUGACUGCUGAGGCGUUCUUGUUCACCGUCAUCCUCAGCAUGCGAUUCAAGAACAACUCGAUUGUCAAGAUUCACAAGCUCGGCGCGUUCGUGCAGAGCUUCAAGACGAUCCGUGCAAACGCGAUCGCCCUGCUGAAGGACAUCUCCGCUGCCCUGAUCGCGCGCGCCGAGCAGGAGGGUACCUCCGAGGCACGGAAAGCCUUCGUCGAGGACUGCGCCCUCGUCACAGCGGCUUCGGUGGACCACGACUUCGUGCUCAACGUCGGCAAGAAGGUAACAGACUCGCGGAAGAAGAUACUCGAGGGCGUAGGGAAGGGCAUCCAGAAGUUGAGCACGACGUACGUGCAGUUCUGAAGAGGGAUUUUACUGUAUGUAUGGAAUGGGGAUGUAAAAGUAAUCUACCUUAUAUGCCGCACGUCACAUAGACUAGUACUACACCACCACUCCAAUCUUAGCGGAUUGUAACGGCCUGUACAACCUGUUUGCUGGAUCGAACUUCGUCAGUGC